AGAAGGUAGGUAUGGGCAACACCUACCGGCUAAUGCAAGUGUCAUUUCGACACUAUUGCAAUAGCUCUAAGCACUUGCGCAUCUCUAGUUUCUCGUAUAAUAUAGUUCAUGCUGCGAGACAAUUCAAAUGCUACUCUAGCAUGCGUAACCCCCAGAUCUUAGCCAUCAAUCUGCCAGUCGGUCCAGCCAGUCAACACUGGGUUUCUUGCUAGUGGUUCCUACCAUCACUGGCGGUUGGCAAAGCUCUCGACAGUGAAAGAACACAGAGGAGCCCUGAACAAUCAGAUAAUGUUUGAUUUGCAUCUAAUAAAUGGCCGAAUAUUCUUGAUAAAUUGACUGCGCUUGAAUCGACUGUUUGGGGUACCUAGGUAGUCUGAUUGCUUAAAGAGUCCCAACCGCUGAAACUGUGGACAUUUACUGGGCUGAGCCACCGGGUGGUGGGCUCUACACGAAAGAUACUUUACGUUCUCAUCAAACAGUAUCGCACAUUAACGAAUAAUCUUCUUAUCGAGGCUAGUCUCAAAUCGAGUCGUCACUAUCACGCUUUUCAAGUCAUCGCAACGUCUUCAAUGCCCACCCUUUGCCGGAUUCUUGAUUGAGCUGUGACAUGGAGAGACCAAUUCUCGCCUAGCUCCCUUAUCAUACUAUGCGGGCGUUGGCGAGCGAUAUAGCGCCUCGCUAUGGAGGGCUCCUGAAGACAGCUGCCACUAGGACUCUCCGGAUCCCAUUUACUCAAGCUGGCCCGAUUCUCAACCAGCGUCCUCCUGUCUCCUGCAGCUCCGUGCGGUGGUCGUCGUCCAAUUCAAGAUGGAAACAGCGUCAGGGGAAAGACUUCUUUGCCCGAGAGGCUAAAGUUCAGGGAUUGAAAAGUCGUGCCGCUUUCAAGCUGCUUGAAAUGGACCGAAAAUACAAUUUAUUCAAAAGAGGACAGACGAUCGUCGAUCUUGGUUACGCGCCUGGAAGCUGGUCUCAGGUUGCAGUGGAGCGGACGAAACCCCACGGGCGUGUCAUUGGGAUCGAUCUCAUACCUGCACAGCCACCUAAGGGGGUCUCGACUAUUCAAGGGAAUUUCCUAUCUCCCGUCGUGCAGAACAUGGUCAAAGAAUACCUCGUCGAGUUCGCACAAAGGAGAGUGGCAGUUGACCUAGAGGCCGACGCUUCAGAGGAUGAUGAGACUUUUAUUACCGAAAAGCCCAGUUACAUUGAUGCCGAGCGGGCGGAAUCUUUCGAUUCCGAUCAUGAGACGAGUCUCAAUGGCGGAAGACUCGUCGAUGUGGUACUUAGCGACAUGUCAGCCCCCUGGUCACAGACAUCCGGCUUCUCCGUCAACACUUUGAGUAACCCUUAUAACAGGAUGAUGAACACGAGCGGCAUGACUUUCCGCGACCACGCGGGCAGCAUGGAUCUCUGUUUGGCUGCAUUGCAGUUUGCGAGCGACACGCUUCGACCAGGGGGCCAUUUCGUCUGCAAGUUCUAUCAAGGAUCGGAGGAUAAGGACUUGGAAUUGAAGCUGAAGAAAAUGUUUGGAAAGGUGCAUCGUGAGAAGCCCGACUCAUCAAGGAAUGAAUCGAAAGAAGGAUUCUUUGUAGCAUUACGCCGGAAAGGCAGUGUAACUUUAGGUGAUAUCCCGGAAUAAUAUGUACACUACUGUAUCACUUUUGGCUCAGUCUAGUAAAUACUGAACUGGCUGUCGCCUAUUACUCUCUACUAUUUCAAAGUUCAACUCAUGAUCAUACCACACAGGACGUUCUCUCUAGCUUCUCGGGGGUGACAUCACGAGUUCAACGUCUAGAAUAGGCAGAAUGAAGCGGUGUACGCAUUGUCUGUGCUGCAAGACACGCAGAAUAAGAGGAGAGAAGAUGCCCGUACGUUUUGAUACUAAC